AUGCCUUCGCCUGCGCCACCGUUCGGAUCUCAAGCUGUGCUCGAUGAGUACACCGUGUUAAAGGUCUUGGGUGCAGGGAAGUUCGGGGAGGUCAAUGAGGUGAAGCACAAGGAGACAAAGAAGCCUGGCGGUGCUUCGAACAUUUGUGCACAUUCUGCACUAUUCGAUCGUUUGACAUGUUGGAACGUUUCCACCCGGCUGGAGAAACGAUUUGCAUGGAAGCGGGUCAAGUUCGAGAACGAUCCACACUGUGAGGCUGAGGUGCAAGUGCUGAAACAGUUGAAACAUCAUGGCGUGGUGGGCAUCUAUCAGGUUUUCUCCCAAGGGGGAGCUUUGGAUCUCAUCUUGGAGCUGUGUUCCCGAGGAGACAUGCAGCAGUUCAUUGAAUCAAAAGUGGAACCUGCACCAAUGACAGGGAAGAAGAUGUACGUCCCCCCGGUCCUUGAGACGAUUGCUGACAUCACGCAACAGCUCUUGGCAACGGUGAGCUUCCUUCAUGAGAACUGUGUGGCACAUCGCGACAUCAAGCCAGAGAAUGUGCUCUUGACUUCGAGGACACAGUGGAAGUUGGCGGAUUUCAACCUGGCGACGACCUUUGACCCCAACGAGUACAUGGCGGAGCAUGUGGGUACCACUCCCUUCAAAGCACCAGAAGUGGAAGACAUGAAGUACACCGAGAAGUGUGACAUCUACAGUAUGGGAAUUCUCUUCAUCGCUUUGGCGACGGGAAAACGCUACUGGCGGCCAGAAAGUCUUGAAGACGAAGAGGACAAGCUGGUAGCGGAGGAACUUUUGAGUGAGAAGACCUGGAAAGAUGCAGAGUUGGGGAAGCCUGCGCUGGAUUUUGCGAAGUACAUGAUCUCCUUGGAACCUGAACGAGGCAGCGCAGAAGAGGCCUUGAAGUGCAGCAGCUUGUCUGGCCAAGCCUCGGCACUUUUGCAACGCUUGGGCCAAUCCUUCCGCGACGUGCUGGCGACCUUUGCGGCAGACGGUUUGGAGCAACUCCUCCGCCUGGCCCUGCAGUUGGCGCGGCCUGAGGUUCCUCCCUUUUUCUUCCGCCUGCUACUACAGGCCGACCGGGCGGCCGAGAGCCUCUUCUUCUUCGCCUCGGAGGUUGGUCAUGGAAGUGAGGAUGUUUGGGCACUUUCGGAUACUUUCGACGGUGCUUCGAGCUUCGCAAAACGCAUUGGUCGCCCAGAGCCGCGGCCCGAGGCGCCUCUUGCCUCAGGGCCUUGGUCCACACCGCCCGGGUUCUCGGGUGGCGCUCGUGCUCGGCUCGAGGUCUAUAACUUCCUUCGGAAGAUCUCCACAGCGCCCUUCAAGAUGCUCUCCUUCGCAGAACUGGAAGGAAUCACCGCCUCCUCCGGUCCCUCAGCGGCUGAAGAGCGCGGGGGCAUUGAGGAACGGCAUCCAAGAGGCCAUUGGCAAUGCAUUAGUUUGCUGCUGGAAGCCCGCGCAAACACAGACCAGGAGGACGCCUUUGGCUUCACUGCUUUACAUUUCGCUGCUCAGAAAGGCCAUUUAAAGGUUUCCCGCUUGCUGCUGCAGGCUGGAACAGACAAAGACCGGGUUGCAGACGAUGGGGCGACACCCCUGCAUUGGGCAGCUGCCAAUGGUCAUCUUGAAGUUCUUCAGCUGCUGAUUGAGGCAGGUGUUGACAAAGACAAGGUCAGUGAAGAGGAUGGGUUCACCGCUUUGCAUAUUGCAGUUCAGGAUGGUGAUGUGGAAGUGGUCCGGCUGUUGCUUCAGGCUGGUGCCGAUAAAGAUCAGGUCCAUCGAUCCGGGCAAACUGCUUGGCAUUUCGCAGCUCAGACUGGUGACCAAGAGGUGAUGAAGCUCUUGUCCGCUGACAACACGGAAAAGGUGCGCGAGGUGCCAGAGGCAGAUUCCGUGCCAUCGGAGGAGGUGGACUCCGAAGGCUUUCUGCAGAAAGACCCCUUGAGACCUCAGAUCCUCAAAGUCUUCGAGGUCAUGAAGCUUCUGUUCUUCGCGGCCUUUGAUGUGGCCUUUACGGUGCGCUUCAACGCACAGACAGGAUUCGACUCCACGGCAUGCAGAGCCCAAGACGUGCUCUAUGCCGAAGGGGCGCCCGAAGGCUUUGUGAAUCCCUUGGUGGAUUUUGGGUCACAUCAUUUGCUGGAGAUGUUGGACGUCGGGGUGGACGCAAGUGCUCUUCAGACCUGCUACAACUUGCAUCGUGAACAAGGAGAGUGGAAACUGGGGUGGAAGAAGAAGAUGAUCGAUGCAAUGAUACAAUUUGGCCAGACGACGAUGGAUUCUAAGGCCCGUGAUCUCUUGGUGCAACCGCUUUUGGCGAACAUCUUGGACUGGCAGCAGCCCGGAGCGAAGAAGCUGGUGACCUGGGCUUUGGAGCAUGAAGAUGGCCGGAACCCCUUCUGCACGAACAUCGAGACCAUGGACCCUCAAGAGAGGAUGGAUCUCCGGAAAGAGAUCCGAGAGCUCUUUGAGCACUUUGGAGAUCUCUUGGUCAGUGGACACGCCGAGCACACCUCUCUUCAGCUUGAUCCUGGCUCGUCACAGGUGAACACAACCUUGAGCUUUCUCAUCAAAAAGGCCAUUGCCGCGACCUUUGUUGCAGACUGCAAUAUCAAGUCUGCGAGCCAAGUGAGUCACAACAAACAGCUCAGCUGGGACACCUCCAUCAAUUGGCCACCCGUUGUCCUACAGAGCUUUGAACUUCUGAAGAAAGCCACCGCCACCAGUCGCGAGAUCUUUUUCCUACAGUCGUUGGUGGAUGUUUUCCAGGAGUAUGUGAAAGCCACUGCCGUAGACUUGUCCUCGCCAGAGAUUGCCCCCGAAAUCGAAGGGCUUUGGAAGCUGUUGGAGGACGGCAGCCGCCAAAGAAAAACGAGUCCGCGGCGGGUCUACGCGGAGGCACAACGGAGCUUUGAGACCUCCAAACCACCCGAUGCCAGGCCCAAGAGCUGUCUUUGCAACCACAUCGCCCAAAGCGUCUCCUUAGCCUUUGCUCAACGAUUGUUCGAGCUGGGCUUCGAUGCAAACCGUGCCGUGGACGAUUGGGUGUGGCAAGCCACUGACUUGGAAAAGAUGCUGGAUCUCUUUACGAUCACUGAGGAGGGUUUAGAAGAUCCAAACCUCAGCUUCCUGAACCUGCUCUUCGAGGCCAACCGCCUACCACGCCUGCCGGUGCAACAGAGCGCGGGAGUGUCAGAGGAGUCAGCAGCCAAGUCCAUCGUGAAAGCUGUGCUCGUUGGGCUUCCGAUGUUGCAAAACUAUCUAGCACAUCUGGACAUUAAGAAUGGUGGUCACCAGUCCAUCAAAGUGAACUAUGCAAAGAAAGUCAAAUGGUUCCUGUUCCUCAACAUCGCAUGGGCAGUUUGGCACGAGAACAUGCAAGUUGGUGAGGGUGAGUUGCAGAGAGUCUCCUUGCAGCACCGCCAGCAGAACGUGGCCAUGGGCCUCUUGGUCUCGGCCUUCGCGGUAGUCUCCGAGUUCAGUUGGGAUGGAAAGCUUUUCAAGGAGGAAAACUCUGAAGCUUUCAAUGACUUCAACGUAGGCCUCUACACUGUGUGGAACUACCGCUGGGUCGCUGCCCUCUUCGAGCCACGAAGGUUACAAUACCACUUUUGGCACGGGCUUGGGCUGCCAGUGCUGCAGGCACUCGGAAACGAGAAGAGCUCGGCCUAUUGGGUGAACUACCGCCGUGAUGGACUCAUGACAGCCAUGAUGAACCUGGCCCCACUGCCGCAGGACGCUCCGUGGCUACGCAUCUCCCACCCCAACGCCAUCGCCACGGCCGGGGAUCCAAACCUGCAGGGCAGCGAGCUGGUGCUGGCAGAGGAGUCGACGCAGACACCUCAACCGCUGCAGCUGCCGAAGCGAACGCUCCAGUUAAACAUUUUGGAUGGUUAUGACACAUUGCGCUUUGCCACCAGGCUGGUAUCCUGGGAAGCGCCCUCGAUGCAAGAGCUCAGCGUUUGCGCGCAUGUGGGUCUUGCUUGCGUGCUGCGACGGAAGGAUCUCAGCGAGCGAGCGCUGAAGUUCGGCAUCGUCGCCAUCUUUCAGAUUGGAGCGGCCCUGCUCACUUUGGAGGAUGGAGGCAUCUCCAGCGGAUGGCCUGUACGGUUGAUUGAGGCAUUGCUUCAGCGUACUGAGUCGGAGCCACAUUUGCUGAUCCCUCAUUGCAAGCUCAUUGUGGAGGCGUGUGGCGUGUUGGAGAUGCCAGAGCUCUGGCUGCGAUGUGCUCCGACCUCUCAACGAGCCUUGUGGCCUGGAGCCAAGGACAAAGAGGACGUGGAGGACAUCCUGAAGUGGCCCUUGGAUCCAGAUGUGACAGAUCAAUAUGGCUGUACCGGAUUGCACAAAGCUGCAGAGGCUGGCCGUGUGGACUGUCUCAAGUUAUUGCUCGAAGCUGGUGCGCGUCCUGAGAAGGAGGAUUUCAAUGGCAUCACCCCUUUGCAUUUGGCCGCUCGAGGCACGAGGCGUUUAUUCUUUUAAAGUAGUAUAUAUAUAUAUAUAUCAUAUAUACUCUGAUCCAUCCAGGCGCUUCACGAGAUGAGCGUUGGAGCCGUUUUGGGGGAACUCCAAACAACAUGUUGCCAAAAUCCUUCCGGAUGUUCUUCAGGUGGUUGACAAAUCCAAUGUUGCACCUUUACACGCGUCUUUGGUAUGUUGAUCAUCGGCCACCUUUCCUCAGGAGGUCACCUUUACAUGGUCAG